UCUCCGUGUAUUGACGCUCACCUCGCCCUAGUCUGUUCUAAAUCUCAGGCUUUUAUUUGUCCGUCGGUUGUCCAUCCGGCUUUGGAGCUGAAGUUGGAGGAGGGCAGCUAACAUCCGGUUGCACAGAGGCACGGAGAUUGAGCUCAGGAGAGCUCAGGGCGCGCCGCUGGCCCACCCGGACCUGGCGGUCCUUUUGGGUCCCCGGCGGUGGUCGUGCUGUCACGAGGCCCGAGGACGCGUGGCGGAGCGGGGUGAGCCACUGAAGGGGCGCGCGGGUUGCGCGGCGGAAGGUUCGAAGCUCGGGACGGAUGCGCAGUGUCAGCGUCAGGCCAAGCAAGACACGGGAACCCGCGGUGGGGAGGGUCAGGAGCCCGGCAGCUCAAGAGUGGAAACUGCAGGUGGCGGUCAGAUGAGCAGACCCGCUCCUUUCUCCAGCACAGCCACUGUUGUGAAAUGCGCAGUGUUGAAAGCCUGAGAUCGCCACACUCCCUCCAUUCUAAAGGAGGAGGCUGAGCGUCCUGUCUGUGCAGCAGCUCUGUGUGACCAAAAACAAUAUUUGGCUAAUGAGCAAAGUGUCGAGGUCAUCGAGUGUGGCCGAGGACAUCUGGGAAACCGAGGAUGACAUGACUGAAGGUGACCUAGGGUAUGGCCUUGGAAGAAAACCUGGUGGUAUUUAUGAAGUUCCGUGUUCGAUUACAUCUAAGAAAAGGUCAGAUGGAAAGAACCCAAGCCCUCCUCCAUUUCCAAGAAAGGGGGAAGAAAGAAGUGAAACUGUUUCCCAGUAUUCUAGGAAUAAGGGUGUUCAAGAUACAUGCUCUCACGGAUGCAGAGCAUCCAGCUACAGAUGGCUGAGCAGCACUGACUCUGGUUCAGAAUUGUCGGAUGAACAAUUAAGGCGCCGUCUUCAUGAAGCUUUAGAGGAAGUAGAGAUUUUAAAAACGGAACUUGAAGCUUCUCAAAGACAACUUGAAGGUAAAGAGGAAGCACUGAAAAUCCUUCAAAGCAUGGCAAUGCUUGGCAAAGCCACAAGCCACACGCAGACAAUGCUUCAAAAAACUAUAGAACAAAAGAGAUCUUUGGAGAAGGAAAUAAAUGCCUUGCAGUGGGAAUUGGAAUUUGAUCAGGAUAGAUUUAAAAAUAUAGAAGAAUCUUGGAUCCAGAAAUAUGACAGGAUAUCUAGUUUCUUCCAAGAAGAUUUUGAUAUUGUUUUGAAUCAGCGGUACUUGGAGGCCCUCGCCAUGCUUGAUAUCAAACAGCAGAAGAUGGCUCAGGAGAACAUGGGUCAGGAGGAGAGUGGCUUUACAGAGGUAUCAGGUCUUGAGCUUGCAGUCCUUGGAGCGUGCCUGUGCCAUGGUCCUGGAGGGAGCCCUUGUUCUUGUGCCAAAAUGGCAGCAUCCACUCAGAAACUGGUUCUUCAGCUCAGACACGAGCUGGAAACUCUGCAGAAGAGUAAGGAAGAGGCGCACAUAACGGCAGAUGCAUUCAGAAUUGCCUUUGAGCAACAAUUAACAAGGAAAAAUGACCAGGCACUGAGACUGGCUCGAGGGGAUAUGUGUGGAAGAGCAGCAAUGUGGCUCAACAGGCAACGCCGGGCAGAGGAUGGAUAUCCGGCUCAAAGGAGAAAGAAGACCUUAGGGCAAAGACUGCUGGGGAUGCUCCCUUCGGAAAACAGUUCCAAGGGCGUGGAAGACCAAGACAACCCACAAGAGGUCUUUAAGAUGCUGAUAGAUUUGUUGAAUGAUAAAGAAGAAGCACUUGCUCAUCACAGAAAGGUUAGUUACAUGCUUGCUCGGGCCCUGGAAGACAAAGACACCGCCUCAAAAAGGAAUGAAGAAAAGAUUCCCAUGAACCAGACUUUCCCAUUCAAAACUGCCUGGCAGGAUGCUUCAGGGCUCUGCGGCCUUCGUGAUCCAGUACAUUCAAAUCGUGUUUCUGAACCUGUGGGUUGCAUUUGUUCAAUACAGCAUCCUCAAAAAGUUUCAGACUGCUCAAGAACUCUUAAAAGAUCUUGUUCUUUGCCAUCAAAUUUAUUUUACAAGUAAACCACUUGAAAUUAGAAUUAGAGAUGCUAAAAAUCAGAUUUUUGAGCUGGAAAUGGAGCUCAGAGGUAGAUGUUUGGUUAGUGUACGUAAGGCCUGGGUUUAGCGCAUGGUAGUGCAUGCCUUUAACCCUGGCACUCAGGAAGCAGAGGCAGGCAGAUCUCCGACUUUGAGGCCAGCCUGGUCUACAGAGUGAGUUCCAGCACAAAUGCUUCAUAAGGAAAUCCUGUCUUGAAGAAUAAAAUAAAACAGGCCUUGGGUUUGAUGUUCAGCACUGCAAAGACUUUGUCUGGAAGCUCAUGCCUAUAAAUCCCAGCACUUGGGAGGCUGAGGCAGGAGGACUACUGUGAGUGUGAAGGGUAACUAGAUUACAUUGACUGUUGCCAAAACAGAAAAACAACUAUGUAAAUGUCAAUAUUAAGAAACUGUAUGCUUUCAAGAUGCUUUAAAAUUUUAUUAGCAUAGUAAUUUACAAAGUAAUAAGUUUUAUUAUAUCUUAAUACAUGUAUUAAUAUAUGUGUUUUGAUCACAUUCCUCCCUUUGAAUUUUAGGAUAUCAUUUAAGCAAGCAAACCCUUAACACAUAUCCUACAAGAAAUGUAUUAGUAUUUGUUGACAUUUUUUAAACUAAUUUCCACAUAUUAUGACAGUUUCAAUGUCUAUAUCUUAUAAACAAAUAUUCAACCUUGGGAAAAAUUUAAAAAUAUCUAUGGAGCUGGGUAGAUAGCUCAGUUGGUAAAGUGUUUGCCAUGUAAACAUGAGGCAGAAUUUGGUCCUCAGCAGCCACAUGAAAAACCAGGUAUAGUUGAAGCAUGUUUGUAACCCGACUGCUGGAGAUGCAGAGGCUGGUGGAUCCCUGAGGCUUCCAGGGUAGCCAGCCUAGACUAAUAGGAGAGCCCUAGACCCCAGUCAGAGUGAGUGAGAGUGAGAGAGAGAGACCCUGAUGACCCUGACUCAAACAAAGUCAGGUAGAGAACAUCUAAGGCUGUCUUCUGGUAUACAUGUGCAUACACACAAAACAUACACUUAUGAAGUAAUGUUUCUGUUGCAUGUGGUGUCACAUCCCUGUAAACCCAACACUCAGGGUACUUCAGUGUUGCAAGUCUUAGGACAGCCGGAUGCUAUCUAGCAAAAAACUGUCUCGAAUAACAAAACUAGAGCUGGUUGCAUGGUUCAGUGACGACUUGAAGUUUCAUCCCCAGCAUCUACAAGGCGGAAGGAGAGAACCAACUCCGAAGAGUUGUCCUCUGACCUUCACACUUCACUGUGACUUGCUCUUACAUAAAGCUGGGUGUGGUGGUAUGUGAUUAUUUGGUAAAAAUAAUGUGAUUUAUUUUUACCAAAAAAAAAAAAAAAGAAAGAAAGAGAGAGAGAGCGAGCAAUUAUCUGGUCCUCAUUCUAUUUGGGCUAUUAAAUAAAAAAUAACCACGCAAAGGCUAGACUACUGUUUACACAAGUAGAGUAAGAGAAUAUAUCCUUGCCUGCCCAUAGAGGGGAAACAGUAAGGCAUAUCCAUGAAAUCCAUGAAGCUGUGGGACAAAAUGAAACACACUAUACAAACCUCUAAGGACGAGCUCUACACGUGAGAAAUGUCAUUUUUAUUCAGGGAAGACAUUAACGUAUUAACAUAUCAAGCACACAAGUGCACAACAGGAACGUCACUAAGACUACCCACUCAUGUUCUGGGGUGGAGAGUGUAACACAGGUAGGGCAUGAAGGGAACAGAGGAUCACUGUCAAACACCAGCAUUUCUUUAUUGAAAAAACGCUACAGAUCAAAGAAAAACAAUUAUAAACACAAAAGGCAUAUGUGUUUUAUAGUUUAGUUUUUUGGGCUUUUUUUUUUCUCUUGAAAAAACGAUUAAAAUUCUGCAGAGCUCGAGUGUGAUCCAGCUAGGAUCUUCCCCUGCGCACAGGCAGGAACUGCACACAGAUGUGUUAAGGCUAGUGCAGGUAUCUUAAGUGUUCUCAAGGCUCUAAGCAAUAUAAAA